AUGGAUUCUCUAAUAGCAAAAGCUGAUGCUAUACGACCUCUAAACAAAAAGCGAAAGACCUCGCACCCACCCUCUAAAGGCUCUUCAUCUAAAGGGAAAGGCACUUCGUCAAAUUCGGACUACACAUUAAACGCGGUCGUGAGCCGUACUUCGAUACCCAAAUCUCUACAGGAUUCGCGACCAAUUCCUGAGGAUGGCUCAAGCUACAAGCACAUUGCGAAUAAAAAACUUCGCACGCAGUUAAACCGACAGGCUGCACAAGGCGCACGGGCGAAGGCGCUUUUGGAAGAUGCGGAAAUGUUAUUGAUGGACGAGGCUGGUGGAUUGGAGGUGGAAGGCGAGAUGGACAGGACGUGGAGAGUAGGUCAGAGUGAAAUUGUCCAGUCAGCAGGACAAGAGGCUGCGAAAGGUCGUCGAGAAUAUAAAUUGGAUGGUGGCCCGUACCGGUCAAGGUAUACUCGAAACGGACGUCACCUUGCUAUUGCUGGACGCAAUGGACAUGUAUCUACAUUUGACUGGCAAACUGGCACAAUCCAUGCCGAAUUGCAACUACAAGAAACAUGUAGAGAUAUCACGUUUCUACAAGAUCACUCGUUCUUUGCUGUCGCUCAGAAGAAAUAUGUUUUCAUUUAUGACCGGGAUGGCGUAGAGGUGCAUUGUCUGAAAGCCCACAUCGAACCAACACGAUUAGAGUUCCUACCGUACCAUUGGCUGUUAGCAAGUGUGGGUAAUCCAGGUUAUCUCAAAUACCAAGACACGUCCACCGGUCAGCUUCUUGUCGAACACCGCACUAAGAUGGGAGCAUGCACAACAAUGACCCAAAACCUACACAACGCUGUCAUACAUCUAGGACACCAAAAUGGAUGCGUAACGCUAUGGACACCUAAUCUUCCUCACCCCGCCGUUCAACUACUAGCCCAUGUCGGACCUGUUGUUAGUGUCGCUGUGGAUCCAAGUCAAGGCGGGAGAUACAUGGCAACAGCGGGCAGAGAUGGCACAGUUAAAGUUUGGGAUUGUCGGAAUUGGAAAGGUGCUGUUAGAGAUUGGACGGUGCGAGGCGGUGGUGAUCCAGAAGUUGAAUGGAGCGCCCGAGGGUAUCUGGCGGUAGCGAGCAGUGGAACCGUGAAUGUUUACAAUCCUCCGUCAAUACACACUCCAUUCCAUGUCAGGUCACCUCCACCAUUAUACAUGACCCACCCCAUCCCACAUCGUCCUUUAACAUCCGUCCGAUUUGCACCCUUCCAAGAUAUCCUCACAGUGGGUCACUCAGCUGGGCUAUCAAGUGUCCUUGUUCCUGGAAGCGGAGAGCCCAACUUUGACAGUCGAGAGGCAGAUCCAUUCGAAAACAAGAAGGCCAGAAGUGAGAGAGAAGUUAAGGCUCUAUUGGACAAGAUUCAACCCGAUCUUAUCACCCUCGAUCCUGAAAUGGUCGGAAACCUCGCACCUGUAUCGAAAUUGACGACAGAGAUGACGACAGCGGACGGCAAGCCUAAAACCGACAUCCCAUACGCUCGUCUGCCCCGAAUUGAUCGACUUCGGGUGUCUGGAAAACUCGACGAGGCAGAAGACGACGCUGCCGGUGAGGAAGGGGAAGACGAAGAAUCCAAAAAGCGCAGCAAAGAGGAGAGAGAAAAAAGGAAGAUGAGAGGCAAAGGAAAGAGCAUGAAGCGGUAUUUGAGGAAGCAAAGGAAGAACGUGAUAGAUCCUGCUGCGAUCGCCAUCCGUGCUAAGCUUGAAAAACAGAAAGAGGAAAAAAAGAGGGCCGCCGCCGCCGCCGCCGGAGAGUCGGGCGAGAAGAAGAAACCAUCUGCACUGGACCGUUUCAAGCGUUCAAAAUAG